CCGACAUCCCCAAACCGAGCUCUACCUCACAGGCCCAGAGUCUUCAAGAUGUGGACCUCACUGUCCUUGAUUUCAAUCCUCUCCGCUAUUCAUUUCACGUUCAGUACACAGAUGAACUGGAUAUUUGAGCCAUACGAUCUGCUUUUUGACAAUGCGGUGGAGGCUUAUUAUAAGCAGGACUGGCUGUCUGUUAUUCUGAACAUGGAAAGAGCUUUGCGGAAUAAAGCGACGUUGCGUAGAGUCCAGACGCACUGCCGAGUAUCCUGCGCAAAUCAGACCGCUUUCGGUGAUCAUUUUCCAGGUCUGGGUGUACCCGUCCCAGGAACUGGUGCCGUGGAAGAUUUAGCGUUUUUCCAGAGGAUUCUUAAACGGGCCGAAUGUGUGAGUGCAUGUGAAGUGGAGAAACUGGGACCACCGACACUUCAUAAAGUUAGCGAGACUGUUGAACUGGAGUUUAAGAAGAGAACGCCUUAUAAUUAUCUUCAAGUGGCUUACUUUAAGAUAAACAAGCUUGAGCAGGCGGUGGCAGCAGCAAAUACAUUUUUCAUAGCAAAUCCCGACCAUGCAGAGAUGAAACAGAAUUUAGAGUACUACAGGAUGAUGGCCGGAGUGCAAGAGACAGAUUUCAAAGACCUGGAGGAGAGACCGCACAUGGCAGAAUUUUUAGAAGGCAAGAUGCGUUACAGUGCGGAAGAAUUUGCCCCAGCCAUCGAGCAUUUUGAGGCCGCUGUUGAAGAAUACUUUACUGUGUAUGAGGAGUGCAGAGUUCUCUGCGAGGGGGCAUUCGAUUAUGACGGUUACAACUACAUGGAGUACAAUGCUGACCUCUUUCAAUCCAUGACAGAUCAUUACCUGCACGUUUUGAGCUGUAAGCAGAACUGUGCGAUGGAGCUGGCAUCAACCGCUGGAAGAGAGAAACCUUUUGAAGAUUUCUUGCCAUCGCAUUUUAACUAUCUUCAGUUCUCAUACUAUAACAGUGAGAAAUACGAGCAAGCCAUCGAGUGUGCUAAAACCUACCUAUUGUUCCAUCCUGAGGAUGAGGUCAUGGCGCAGAAUAUAGCAUAUUAUUCUGCUGUGUUGGGAGAGGACAAAGCUGCCAACAUUUCUGCUAGAGAGGUUGUUACACUGCAUAUCAAGAGGUCUCUGUUGGAAAAAGAGCUGCUUUACUUCGGCUAUGAAAUAUUUAGUAAAACAUUUGUGGAUCCAGACACAUGGACCCCUGAGGAUGUCAUGCCCAAGAAAUUAAGAGACAAGCAAAAGGCGGACAAAGAGACAGCUGCACGUAUUACAGAGGAGAUUGGUAACCUGAUGAAAGAGAUCGAAACACUUGUUGUAGAAAAGAGCAAAGAAUCAUCAGACCUUACCAAGGUGGUAAAAGAAGAUAUUAUUCCAACCCCUACCCCAACAACUGGCAACAAUCUCCCGUUUGAUGACAUAACAGAAACCAUGACAUCCACGGCCCUGAAUGGUUCACAACGAGUCGUUCUGGAUGGCAUAACCACAGACAGCGUGUGUCGAGAACUUCACCACCUCUCCAAUGCAGCAGCGCUUCAAGAUGAUGGUUAUAAAGCAAAACCCUCCCCUUAUUCACCAAGCAACAUGUUCCAGGACAUCACAGUUCUCAAAGCACUGCAGGAUGGUGUGAUUCCUUUGAGGAGUGCCCAUUUGUUCUUCGACCUCAGUGAGAAGAUCAGCAAGGUUCUGGAGUCUUACUUUGGGCUGAAAUCGCCCCUCUAUUUCUCCAGUUCAAACCUGGUCUGCCGCUCUGCCAUUAAUGAGAAACAGGAAGAGCAUGAGAACAACUGCCUGCUUAUCUCAGAGCUCAAUGAGUGCAUCAAAGAUCCAUCAGCAUACACACAUCAAGAUUACAGUGCCAUUUUGUACCUCAAUGACGACUUUGAAGGGGGAGAUGUUGUCUUUACUGAGCUGGAUGCCAAAACUGUCACUGCUGUGGUGAAGCCUCAGUGUGGUAGAGUUGUUGGUUUUGGAGCAGGACAGGAGAACCCUCAUGGAGUUACAGCAGUAACCAAAGGCCAGAGGUGUGCUUUUGCACUUCGGUUUACCCAAGAUCCUCAUAAAAAUGAGAAGGAGCGUUUACAGGUUGAAGACCUUCUGAAAACACUGUCAAAACCACUAGAAUCUGAUGUCCAGAAAACAGGAAAGGACAGUGAAGAAAAAACCUCAGAACCAGAAGGAGCAACACCUGUUAAAACAGCAGAGCCAGAAGAGACUAGAGGAACUAAAAAACUAGAAGAAAAGACAAGCACACCUACAGAACAUUCCAGAAAAACCCUUGAUGAGCAGGACAACAAAAAAGCAGAGAAAAAGAUUGAUGUCAAAGUAGUCAACAAAAACCUAAAACCAAAAGCCAAAGCAUCAAAAAACCCAACCAAAACAGAGAGCCAAUCAAAAGCUAAUGUAGACAAAACAAAAAUCAAAGAGUCAGACAAAACAAAAAACACAACAGCAGAGAAAAAGAAAUCAAAGACAGCCAGCAAAACAAAACCUGUAACAUCAGACAAAAAGGAGAAACCAGUUGCCAAGAAGACAGAUAAAGCAACUGUGAAAAAAACUACCCAUGACAAGAAAACUAAGCCAAAGAGCACAGAGGCUAAAGACUCUAAAGCAGAAAAACACAAGGAGGAAUUAUGAGCCGUGGGCAAUCUUUUUGUUUUAGAACUGGUUCUCUUUUUUAAAUUUGUUUUGAAGUUUGAACUUUUCUUUUUUCUUUGGACUGUUGGAGCUGUUUUUUUUUAUUUUUAUAAAACACUUUGGAAAUCAAAGCCACAUGAUUGCAGAUUUUUGUGUGACAAUCAAAUUGAGUGUUGUAUUUUCUGUUGUGCCUUAAUUGUACUUAAAUCAAUUAUUUUCUCAGGAACAGAAUUAGAAACAUUUCAUACUCUUUUGAAAGUGUGUGGUAGCUUUCGUAGAUUACAUACAGUCUGUCACUUUGCAUUUCCGUUACAAUUCCCCAAUAAAA